CGCCGGCUCCGUGCGCCGCCGGGCCUGAGCGCCGAGCGCCGGCUCCGACAUGUCCGGCAAGAUCGAGAAAGCAGAUUCUGAGCGUUCCCAUCUCUCCUCGUUCACGAUGAAGUUGAAGGGCAAGUUUCAUUCACCAAAAAUAAAGAGAACACCCUCAAAGAAAGGGAAGCAAGCUGAGCUGACAGUGAAAACACCAGAGAAGUCAGUGAACAAAAAUGUAUCAUGGCUAGAGGAAAAGGAGAAGGAAGUUGUCAGUGCUCUGCGUUACUUUAAGACUAUUGUGGACAAAAUGGCAAUUGAUAACAAAGUGUUAGAGAUGCUGCCAGGCUCGGCAAGUAAAGUGCUGGAAGCCAUCCUGCCCUUGGUGCAAACUGACCCACGCAUCCAGCAAAGUUCUGCCAUCUCAUCGUGCUACAGCCGAGUGUACCAGAGCCUGGCCAACCUCAUCCGCUGGUCUGAUCAGGUGAUGCUGGAGGGCGUCAACUCCGAGGACAAGGAGAUGGUGACAACAGUGAAGGAUGUCAUAAAAGCUGUUCUGGAUGGAGUCAAGGAGCUGGUCAGACUCACGAUUGAAAAGCAGGAGCAUCCCUCUCCCACAAGCCCAGUUAAACCCAGUUUACCAGCAUGUAAAUCUGACAGCCCAUCAGAACUUCCCCUUACCGACCGAGAAAUGGAGAUCCUCAACAAAACAACCAAUAUGACUCAAUCCAACGAGCUGCUCACUGACUCCAUGGAUGAAGAAGUUGCACCUCCUAAACCCCCUCUGCCCAGCAUUCGUGUGGCAGAGAACAGCCCUCCACCAGCAUUGCCCCCUAAAAAACGUCAAUCAGCACCUUCCCCAACCAGAGUGGCUGUUGUGGCCCCCAUGAGCCGAGCUACCAGUGGGUCCAGUUUACCUGUUGGGAUCAACAGACAGGAUUUUGAUGUUGACUGCUAUGCCCAGAGGAGGCUGUCAGGUGGAAGCCACUCCUAUGGGGGGGAGUCUCCUCGCCUCUCCCCCUGCAGCAGCAUUGGCAAACUGAGCAAGUCUGACGAGCAGCUCUCCUCCCUGGACCGCGACAGCGGCCAGUGCUCCCGAAACACAAGCUGUGAAACCCUGGAUCAAUCGGAUCACUAUGAUCCAGACUAUGAAUUCCUGCAGCAGGACCUCUCCAACGCUGAUCAGAUACCUCAGCAGGGGUCCAGUGUCCUCAGCCCAUUGCCAGAGUCCUUGGGUGAGUCUGGCUCCCCUUUCCACGGACAGACUUUCCAGCUCCCGCAGGGCAGCUCUCCUCCACUGGAAUUCUGCAGCCUCUCAGGAGCAGCACAGCCAACAGACACUCCCCCAGCUUUACCAGAGAAGAAGAGGAGGAGUGCAGCCUCCCAGACUUCAGAUAACUCGGGCUGCAGGGUGUCCUACGAGAGGCACCCCUCCCAGUACGACAACAUCUCGGAGGAUGAUCUGCAGAACGCCGCCGUUGUCUCGUCAAUGCCCUUCACCCCCUUUGCUGCUGUUCUGCCUUUCCAGCAAGGAACCUCUCCAGCACCCGUGGAAUUCAUUGCUGAUUUUGCUGCUCCAGAUUCGAACAGUGACCCAGAAAAGCCGCCACCUCUGCCAGAGAAGAAAAACAAACACAGUAAGCAAGUUCCUGUGUUUUGGUUUUACUUUUACCUUGCAGUUGUCACACUUCUGCCAGCCAUUAUAUGCAUUGUUUUACAGCUAGCAUUUUCUUGGCCUUUAUUCAUCGCCUUUUCUGUGCUCUCUUUCUCUGUGUCUUGUGUCUCCUGCUUUCUCCCCCUUCCUCAGCAGGCCUCCUAUGCUGCCUCUUCUUUCUCUUCUGUCUCCUACUGUGUCCAGCAACCUAAAGUGCCCUUCACCCCCGAGGACUGCGGUGCCACUCAGGGCCUCACUAUGUCAGUCUCUAACUCCUUUCUCAGCCGGCACAGCUCCUUUCCUGUGCACUCGUACAAAUCUGUGUUUAGGUCCUACUCCCAGGACUUUGUGCCUCACAACCAAGUCUCCAUACCUCCUUUCCUCUCUUCUACCUCCUCCUCCUGCUCCACCCCGCCUUUUCCGCCCGUCCACGCAUCCCAGAGCCCCGACCUAGCGGUGCCCGCUGCAGCCAGCCAGUCCCCCAGCACUGUGGAUGUGCCAAACUCCUCUUCUCAGGAGAGCAGCUUUAACGGGAAUGCUCCUGUCUGCCUUCCUUCUGAAUCCUCUUUCACUGAUUCUCUCCAGACGCCUUCGAGUGAAAACGCCAGUGAGGAGGCUGGUGAGGGUGAAUAUGUCAAUCUGUAUUCCUCUGGCCAGAGCAACGGGGAACUCCCUCGCUCUGAAGGAGAAUCUCCCCCUGUCAAAGACGGCCACUCCAAAGACUCCUCUUUGAACAGCAGUGCCAUGGGCAAGGAGGGCAAAGAUGGUGCUGAAAGGCAGCCACAGUCACCAGAUACUUUGGAGUCCUCACAGCUGGAGGAAGAGGUAGAUGAGCUGUCCCUUAUUGACCACAGUGAAAUCAUGUCUAGAUUAACACUGAAGCAAGAGGGGGAUGAUGGGCCAGAUGUCCGUGGUGGAUCUGGAGACAUUCUGCUGGUGCACGCCACAGAGACCGACAGGAAAGAUCUGGUGCUGUACUGUGAAGCCUUUCUGACCACAUACAGGACAUUUAUUACCCCAGAAGAGCUCAUCAAGAAGCUGCAGUACAGAUAUGAGAAGUUUUGCCACUUCCCAGACACGUUCAAGAAGCGAGUCAGUAAGAACACCUUCUUCGUGCUGGUGCGAGUGGUGGAUGAGCUCUGCCUGGUGGAAUUGACAGAGGAAAUCCUCAAGCUGCUGAUGGACCUGGUGUUCAGGCUGGUGUGCAGUGGGGAGCUGAGCCUGGCCAGGGUGCUGCGCAAGAACAUCCUGGAUAAAGUGGAUCAGAAGAAAAUGCUGAGCUACGCCAACUCCAUCAAACCUCUCGCGGCCAGAGGGGUGGCAGCCAGGCCAGGGACACUGCAUGAUUUCCACAGUCAUGAAAUAGCUGAGCAGCUGACCCUGCUGGAUGCUGAACUCUUCUAUAAAAUCGAGAUCCCAGAAGUUCUGCUUUGGGCAAAGGAACAAAAUGAAGAGAAGAGUCCCAACCUGACACAGUUCACAGAGCACUUUAAUAACAUGUCCUACUGGGUCCGUUCAAUAAUUAUGCUACAAGAGAAAGCCCAGGACCGAGAGAGGCUGCUCCUUAAAUUUAUAAAGAUUAUGAAGCACUUACGAAAGCUGAAUAAUUUUAAUUCCUAUCUGGCCAUUCUUUCUGCACUGGAUUCUGCCCCCAUCCGGAGGCUGGAGUGGCAGAAGCAAACCUCAGAGGGCCUGGCUGAGUACUGCACCCUGAUCGACAGCUCCUCGUCCUUCCGUGCCUACCGAGCAGCCCUGGCUGACGUGGAGCCCCCCUGCAUCCCCUACCUAGGCCUGAUUCUGCAGGACCUGACCUUUGUCCAUCUGGGAAACCCUGAUUACAUUGACAGCAAAGUGAACUUUUCCAAGCGCUGGCAGCAGUUUAACAUCCUGGACAGCAUGAGGUGCUUCCAGCAAGUACAUUACGACAUCAAAAGGAACGACGACAUAGUGUCAUUCUUCAACGACUUCAGCGACCACCUGGCUGAGGAGGCCCUGUGGGAACUGUCCCUGAAAAUCAAACCUCGGAACAUCACGAGGCGGAAAACAGAUCGGGAAGAGAAAACCUAGGAGGAGGGGUCGUGCGAGGAGAAUCGCUCCGCAGAGGCGCCGAGGGCAGCUAUGAGACUGGAGUUCAAUGUUUGUACCUGUCACACAGGGUGUCACACACCCUCCCUCCCGGCUGGCAGCCAGUCCUGGGGGUGGCAAUGCCGCGCCGGCGCAGCCACCGAGGGCAGAGAUCGGCCGGUGCUCGC